GAGAAAGUCGUCGGUGACUCGGUAGCAGAAAAAAAGUAGAAAACCAACAUCACAACACAAAAAAGGUAAAGAGAAGAACCCUCAUUUGUUGUUUUCUCCAACUCGAAGAGAAAGAAAGAAGAGAGUAAGAGGAGAUAAAAAUGUCCGAGGCAACAGGUCAGCCACAAGAGGAAGAUAAGAAGCCCAACGAUCAGUCUGCUCACAUCAACCUCAAAGUGAAGGGCCAGGAUGGAAAUGAAGUCUUUUUCAGGAUCAAAAGAAGCACGCAGUUGAAGAAGCUGAUGAAUGCCUAUUGUGAUCGUCAAUCUGUUGAGAUAAACUCAAUUGCCUUCUUGUUUGAUGGUCGCCGUCUUCGUGGAGAGCAAACUCCUGAUGAGCUGGACAUGGAGGAUGGGGAUGAGAUUGAUGCUAUGUUGCACCAAACUGGUGGUGCUGUGAAAGCAAGUGAUUAUGCUUGAUGGAAAGCUAAUCUACUGGUGGAUGUAGGUGGUGGUAGGGUCUUGGGAGUGUUGUUAAUGGACAUAUUUAUGCUGGUCUUGUUUUGCUAAAUGAGCUCUCAUUAAGAGCUUUGACAGUAACUAAGCUAUCUUAGUAGGAUUUGGAUUUGCAAUGUUUGGUUUGUUGGGACAUGGCUCCUCUUUCUUUGCU